AUGGUAUCUUGCUUUACAGGGAGGGUUUUCAGCUUCAGAAACCCAACGGCUUCUACCAAGAUAAUCGGUGGUGAUGACGCACCAGAUAAAGCGAUUCCGUACCAAGCGUCUUUGAGGCGGCUCUCCAACUCGCACUUCUGUGGUGGUUGCAUUCUUAAUAAACGAUGGAUUUUGACAGCUGCCCAUUGUGCUGUUGAGUUCACCGCUGAUACCAUGAGAGUGGUCGUAGGUUCUAACAAACUCGUUGGUGGCGGGCAAACGUACGAUGUCGAACAAGUAAUCAGUCACGAAAACUAUGAUGAAACUAAAAUCAUCAAUGAUAUAGCUCUCAUUAAAGUUGCUGCAGAUAUAGAGUUCAGUGAUCAUGUCCAGCCAAUCGCUCUGCCAACUAAGAAUACCAAGCCUGGAGCUAAUGUUUUGCUAUCAGGAUGGGGACGUGAAGGAGAAGGCGAUAUAUCAAUUCCAAAUGAUUUACAAAUGAUCAACCAAACUGUAAUAAGUGUUUCCACUUGUAAAGUCGUAUUCAAAGAUAUAAAUGAUAUUGUCGAUACUGAGAUAUGUACUCUUACCAUAAAAGGAAAUGGAUCUUGUCAGGGAGACUCCGGUGGGCCCCUAGUAGAGGAUAAUGCAGUAGUGGGCAUAGUUUCGUGGGGUUUGGGCUGCGAAAACAGGCAUCCAGAUGUCAACACAAGAGUUUUUUCCUUCGUAGAUUGGAUUAAAAAACACACUUCAAAUCAUAUGGAUUAA